AGAGGGCGGCCGGAACGAUCACCGCUUUCAAACCUCUCGCCGCCCCGUCUCCUCCUUCCGCUUCCAAGCCCUUCGCCCCUUCCCGAUCCCCAGGCCUGCGCCACCGGUCCCGUUCCAUCGGGCACCCCCGGCGUGUUCGAACGGAAAACCCGAGACGCCGGCAGGGUCGGCGGCGGCGGCGGCGCGAUGUACGUGGUGAAGCGCGACGGCCGGCAGGAGUCAGUCCACUUCGACAAGAUCACCGCGCGGCUCAAGAAGCUCGGCUACGGCCUCAGCGCGGAGCACUGCGACCCCGUCCUCGUCGCACAGAAGGUCUGCGUUGGCGUCUACAAGGGCGUCACCACCAACCAGAUCGGCGAGCACCGCCGCCGAGACCGCCGCUGCCAUGACCGCCUCGCACCCCGACUACGCAUCGACGGCAAAAUGGGGCGCUUGCAUUGUACGGACGCUACAGACUUGACCCGUCCCGAGUCCCGGCUUCCUCGGCAACUUCAGAUCCGACAGAGACGUGAAACGAGAAGAACCAUGUCUGGCCAUGAACACUUGACGCAACCUCAGCUGGUGGCGGCAGCACCGUGGUGCCAGCGAUGGGGCGAGGCGGAGCAGGCGCGGCGGCGGCGGCGUUCACGCUGUGGUGGCUUACAAGGUGCGCCGGGGCCGUGUGGCUGGAGCUGUCGACGACGGCGACCAAGUGCCUGUCCGAGGAGAUCCAGUCGAACGUCGUCGUCAUGGCCGACUACUCCAUUCUCUUCGAGGAGCACCCCGUCCGCCCCACGGUCUCCGCCAAGGUGACGUCGCCUUACGGAGACAUCCUGCACCACGCCGAGAAGGUCAGCCAUGGCCAGUUCGCCUUCACCACGGCGGAAUCCGGGAUAUACCUCGCGUGCUUCUGGGCGGGGACUCUGGAGAAGGGAAUGGUGAUCAACCUCAACCUUGACUGGAGGAUCGGGAUAGCGGCAAAGGACUGGGACUCCAUUGCUAAGAAAGAAAAGAUUGAUGGAGUGGCACUAGAGCUUGUCAAACUAGAAGCAACUGCUCGAGCAAUCCAUGGAAACAUGUUGUACCUUAUAGUAAAAGAAGCAGACAUGCGAAACUUGAGCGAGUGGACACAGGUUAAGAUCACAUGGCUCAGCCUCUUGUCCCUUGCUGUCUGCAUCACAGUCUCGGUUUUGCAAGUGUGGCAUCUCAAACAGUUCUUCCGAAAGAAGAAACUCAUCUAGAUAAAGCUUCUACCGUAGUUGGAGGAAACAAGCUUACAGGCUUGAGAUGAUCUGGGAUUGUUGCCAGAAUCUGAAGUGAUUCUGGGAUUAGAAUUGAUUGUGCGGGUUUAAAGAGGUUUAUUUUAGUUAUAUAAUGUGUGUCCGUGCGUGUGCGUAACCCUUCUGAUUGAUAGUAUCACUUUUCCUUUGAUGCGCUAAUUACUUAUCAUCUGGUUCCAAAUAUCCAAAACAUGAUCUUUGGUGCCAGCAUAUACUAGUCAUUCCAAGGGUCCAUUUAGUAGGACUGUAAUUAGUUUGCUUGGCUUGGUAUAUUCUUCAGUAGUGUUGUGCAUGUGCAAGGGCAACCACCACCUGGGGCUGAUUUGGAUCCUA